UGGUCUUGAUGUAGGAACAAUCUUACUAGCUUACUUCUGUUAUUAUAGUAAAAAUAUGUCUGUUAUAUUGAAAUGUUAAUUUCAAAUCUGCAGCUAUAUUGGACUUUAAUCCUACUUAGAUGGAAAAACUUUUUUUGAAAUAAAACCUAGAUGGAAAAACUUUGAUUCGAACUAUUAAAAGUAUUUUAGUACCUGUUAUGGCCGGCCGGCUUAGGCACGCAAGUUAUCUUAGUUUUUAUUUUCAGAUUAGGCAAGUUAUCUUAGGUUGAUUCUUCUACAAGUUAUCUUAGGUUGAUUCUUCUACAAGUUAUCUAGGAUAUAAAUAUAGGUUGUAAGACUCUUUUGAAGGCAAGCAAUAAGAAGAAUAUUAUCUCCUAUUGCCCGGCUCCCUGAGGAGCCGGAACCCUAGCCGCCAACAGCCCUAGCCGCCGCCCUUCUCCUAGCCGCGACGGCGCCCUGCCGCUGGCGCGCCCGAUCCUCGCCAUGUCUCCCUCCAUCCUUCCCUUACCACCUACGCCCUAGACCUGGUAGAGUACUUGAUCCUACCAAUUUGGUAUCAGGUAACCGGGUUUCGACCAUGUCUCCACCAAUUCCACCGCCACCACCACCGCUGCCCGCCAACUCCUCCACCACCGCCGCCUCUGCGCCGGGUGUCACGGCCUCGCUCUCGGCGGGCACCACUGCGUCGCUCUCAGCGCCGGUCCUAACGGCACCCGGCACCACGCCGGGCCAAGGGCAGCCACAGGCCCCCGUCCAACACUCGCCGCCGCCAUCACCUCCCCCGCAGCCGCAACAGUUCACGCCGGAGGCCAUGGCGGGCGUCCUCAACGACCUCGUCACCGCGGUUCAAGGGAUCCGCCUCUACCUGGCAGGUCCGUACGGGCCGCCCCCACCACUCCAUCCAGCCAUGGCCGCGGGUCAGCAGGCGCUUCCGUGGUACUCGGCACCGGGGGCCAUCACCGGACUCCAUCCAGCCAUGGCCGCGGGUCAGCAGGCGCUUCCGUGGUACUCGGCACCGGGGGCCGUCACCGGAGGCUACCCGGCGCUCCCCGCCCCAGCGGCCGCACAACCGCCUUGGGCGCAGUGGCCGCCGCAGAUCGCGCCGGCAGCCCCGCCACUUCUCGCCACCACGGGGCCGCAGUGGCCCACCUGGACCGCGCCGGCCGCGCCGUCCUCCGUCGCGCCCUACCUUCCAGCGGCCUCGGAGCAGGGUCCUCCACCGGCCCCGCCCAGCCCUAACCUGGGCACCGGCGCCUCGGAGCAGGGCUAGACCCAGCAGCUUCUUCCGGCGUCACCGCCGGCCCCCACGCCGCAGGCGCCGGUGCAGCUCCACCAGGCGCCGCCGCCAUCGACAGUACCACCACCCGCGCCUAGGGCUACGGGUCGGCCCCUGCACCAGGUGCAGUUUCCACCGUCACCAUCGCCGAUCCCCGCUUGGGCGACCGGCUCGUCUUCGGGGCCGGUCUACUCCACGGCGCCGGAACACCCGACGCCCUCCCUACGGUUUGAUCACCCCUCCAGCUCGGCGAACUACGCCCCGGCGCUUCCCGACCCAGCAUACGCGCCGGCGGCAACUACGGCCGCCCCCGGGCACGGCGGGCCGACACCCCCUCGCUUCGCCAAACUGGACUUCGCCACCUACGAGGGCACGGAGGACCCCCUCAACUGGCUCAACCAGUGCGAGCAGUUCUUUCGAGGGCAGCGGACGCUCGCUUCGGAUCGCACCUGGCUCGCGUCCUAUCAUCUUCGAGGCGCAGCGCAGACCUGGUACUACGCCCUCGAGCAGGACGAGGGCGGCAUGCCACCAUGGGAGC